UAUUAAUGUCACGCUUCCUCCAUUAAUUUCCUCCCUCCAGAGAGAGAGAAAAGAGUGAAACAGAUGAGAGACAGAGAGAUGAAGGCGUCUUCGUCGUUGAUCCUCGUCCUCGUCUCUCUUUGCGGCCUGGCAGCGUCCGUGAGCUCGCAGUCGUCGUCGGACUCGUGCAGCUCCAAUCUGAACGUCGACGGCAUCCGCUUCGACACGACUUCUCUCACCUGCAUCUCCGCUUGGGUCUCUGAGAACUUCAUCCUCAGGUACAAGCAAGCAUCCGCAAACACAUGGAGCUUCGUCCUCUCCACGCCCUCCACCGACUCCUACGUAGCCAUGGGCUUCUCGAAGAACGGUUUGAUGGUUGGGUCAAGCGCGGUGGUCGGGUGGGUCUCGUCCGGCAGCGGCAUGAUGAAGCAGUAUGCGCUGGACGGCCAGACUCCAGCCCAGGUCAAGCCCGACCAGGGGUCCCUGACCCUCCUGUCGAACUCGUCCAUGAUCGCCUCGCAGUCGAACCGUACCUACAUGGCGUUCCAGCUCGCCGUGGCCCAGCCCGAGUCGGGGCUGAUUUACUCGGUCGGGCCGUCUGGAUUCACGCCGGUCUCACCGGGGUAUCAGCUGAUUCAGCACCAGGACAUGACAUCAACCUCCGUGAACUUUGGCUCCGGCCAAACCAGGACUCAGGGCACUCCCUACACAAGGCUGAGGAAGACCCAUGGGAUACUGAACAUGUUGGGAUGGAGCAUCUUGAUGAUCGUUGGGAUAAUCGUGGCUCGCCACUGCAAGCAAUACGACCCGAUGUGGUUCUAUGCGCACACCGCCGUUCAAACCGCGGCUUUCAUUCUGGGUUUGCUGGGAAUCAUCUGUGGGUUCGUGUUGGAACAUAAAAUCAGUGCCAGUAACGUCUCCACCCACAAGAGCUUGGGCAUCUUCAUUCUUGUUCUUGGCUGCCUCCAGGUGAUGGCAAUUUUGGCUCGACCGGGAAAGGGAUCGAAAGUGCGAGAAUAUUGGAAUUGGUAUCACCAUAAUGUGGGACGGAUUUUGAUUAUUUUUGCCAUCGCGAAUGUUUUCUACGGAAUUCAUUUAGGCGAACAGGGACAGAAAUGGAAUGUUGGUUAUGGAGUUAUCAUUGGUCUUCUAUUUGUAACUCUCAUUGUUUUGGAGAUACAAAAGUUUAGGAAGUGAUGACACUUUUUGCACCCCUUUUGCAUGUAUUUGUUUCCACAGAGGUUAGGUUAAAGGGUCUUGGAGUUUGAACUUUCUCCCUUGUAAUUUAAAUUUGUUUGUUUUAUAAUUUAUAUGUUGCUUAGUUCUCUUGAAA